CUCACAGGCCAUUUCCAUGGUUUUCAGAUCUCCUUUAGAGCUUUAUCCCUCCCAUUUCUUCCUGCCAAACUUCGCUGAUCGCCCUUUGCUCUUGGCGAACAGCGCUCCCCCCGCCAGAUCUCCAGAAGACUUGUCCAUGUUUCAGCUACCAACCCUCAACUUCUCCCCGGAGCAGGUGGCGAGCGUCUGCGAGACGCUGGAGGAGACCGGGGAUAUCGAGCGGCUGGGCCGCUUCCUCUGGUCGCUGCCCGUGGCGCCCGGAGCCUGCGAGGCCAUCAACAAGCACGAGUCCAUCCUGCGCGCCCGGGCCGUGGUGGCGUUUCACACGGGAAACUUCCGAGACCUCUACCACAUCUUGGAGAACCACAAGUUCACCAAGGACUCGCACGGCAAGCUGCAGGCCAUGUGGCUCGAAGCACACUACCAAGAGGCAGAGAAGCUUCGAGGUCGUCCCCUUGGACCGGUCGACAAGUACCGGGUGCGGAAGAAGUUUCCGCUGCCUCGAACCAUCUGGGACGGCGAGCAGAAGACGCAUUGUUUCAAGGAGAGGACGCGCAGCCUGCUCAGGGAGUGGUACCUUCAGGACCCCUAUCCGAACCCCAGCAAGAAAAGGGAACUGGCGCAAGCCACUGGACUCACUCCGACACAGGUCGGGAACUGGUUUAAGAACCGACGUCAAAGAGACAGAGCUGCGGCGGCCAAAAACAGGCUCCAACACCAAGCAAUAGGACCGAACGGUAUGCGGUCCCUUUCAGAGUCCGGCCUCACUCCCCGCAGCUCCGCCGAGUCGCCCUCGACGGCGGCAAGUCCUACCACCAGCGUUUCCAGUAUGACAGAACGAGUGGACACUGGCACGUCCAUUCUGUCCGUCACGUCCAGUGACUCGGAGUGCGAUGUAUGA